AUGAAGAAAUUUCCAGAAGAACUUGACCUACAGAUUGUAUGCUGUGGAGCUCUUUGUUAUAUGACAGAAGAGCAAGACUCACUAAGUAUUGCGUUCUUACAACGUGAGGGGAUGAGGACUCUGUUAUCCAUCCUUGACAGAUUCCAAAAUGAACCUAGACUAAUUGUUGUGGCCUUCAUGACAUUAGAAAAUUUACUUAAAUCGGACCGUGAAGACCUUGCAAACUUACUGGAAUGUUAUGAUAUAUCCAUGGUGAUUGAUAUCAUGGGUAGAUUUCCAGACAACGUUGAUAUCCAGAUAUUUGGUUGUAAACUAGUCACACUCGCCACUGAUGACGACAAGAAGAAGGAGUUGGAUGCCACGCCUCUCCUUGACAUUCUGGACAGACGUAAAUCCAUGCAGGACGCCAUUAUCUGGGCAAAGCAAGCUCUCAAUCACAUCAAGCCUGGGUUGCUGCAAAUUGAGGAGCGGUAGAGACUUGUCUUUUUUCUCUUUAUUUAUUGUUUGUAU